GGUCGGGGCCACGUCGGGGUGCCUCUGGAGCGGGGUGGACGCCGUGGCCGACCCGGGCGGCCGGGAGGGGCUCCUCCGGCUUUAUGAGGAGACAGUCUUCUAGAAGUUUCUCUGGAUGGGGCCGUGAGGUGCGGGGUCGAGACCCGCGUUUGCCCUUGGCCCCAACUCCCGUUCUCUAGAAGUCGCUCUCCGGGGCUUUCUGAGGAACAGGCUCACAUCUCCCCGUUGGCAAGCUGCUAGCAGCACGAUGAGUCUGCAGUGGACUGCAGUCGCCACCUUCCUCUACGCAGAGGUCUUCGUUGUGCUGCUUCUCUGCAUUCCCUUCAUUUCUCCCAAAAGAUGGCAGAAGAUUUUCAAGUCCCGCCUCGUGGAGUUGGUCGUGAGCUAUGGCAACACCUUCUUUGUGGUUCUCAUUGUCAUUCUUGUGCUGCUGGUCAUUGAUGCUGUUCGCGAGAUUCGAAAGUAUGAUGACGUGACGGAGAAGGUGAACCUCCAGAACAACCCCGGGGCUGUGGAACACUUCCACAUGAAGCUUUUCCGUGCCCAGAGGAACCUCUACAUUGCUGGCUUUUCCUUGCUGCUGUCCUUCCUGCUUAGACGCCUGGUGACUCUUAUCUCCCAGCAGGCCACGCUGCUGGCCUCCAAUGAAGCCUUUAAAAAGCAGGCAGAGAGCGCUAGUGAAGCGGCCAAGAAGUACAUGGAAGAGAAUGAGCAGCUAAAGAAGGAAGCUGCCGGUGGAGUCAGGUUGGAUGGCGGGGACGCUGAAGAGAAGGUGGAGGAAGAGAAGAGGAGCCUGAAGGCUGAUCUGCAGAGGCUGAAGGACGAGCUGGCUGUCAACAAGCAAAAACUGGAAAAAGCUGAAAAUGAGGCUCUGGCCAUGCGGAAGCAGUCUGAGGGCCUGACCAAGGAGUAUGACCGCCUGUUGGAGGAGCACGCGAAGUUGCAGGCGGAGGUAGAUGGCCCCAAGGACAAGAAGGAGGAGUGAGGGCCCCUGCUCCCCGCCCGUGGCUGGCUGCUUCCCGAGAGCCCGGCCUCCCUCGGUACUUCGGCUCGCUCCCUUCCGCUUCUGUUCCCUCACGCCGCUUGCAGUUCCACGCUCUCCUAGUUCCACGCUCUCCCAGUUCCACGCUCUCCCAGUUCCAUGCUCUCCCAGUUCCACGCUCUCCCAGCAUUCUGUAGGGGACUCAGUUCCCACCCAGGAUGAGUAAGGCUGUGGCAGGUUUUGCUUCCCGCUGGUUAAGCCCCUUCAUGUUGCGUGUUGAUGCUCUGGGCUCCAAGGCCCCUUUUCUCUGGUCCUGCAGGAGGGCAGGUGGAGCAGGAAGACUAGGGUUUCUCUUGGGGCAAAAUAAACGUUGUUGUGUUGUGUC